CUCUGGGGGAGGUGGGCAUGCUGAUUCUGGGGCUGGAAGGAAGUAGCCAGCAAGGCGGCUUCCUAGCACUGGGGUUUUACUUUGGAGCAGUGUCUGUGCAACACUGCAAGCUGGGAGGGGGCAGCAGCAGGAUUGGGUUCCCCUAGUGGGGUUCAUAACAGAGCAGUGAGGGAGAUGCCCCCCCCUUCUAGAGUUUAUGGGAGUUUGUGCUGGGGAAGGAAGCAUCUACGUAAUGGCUCAUGAGAGAGUAGCCAAGGAGGUUACUGAACCAUGCUCAGAGAGAAAAUUCACAGUUGGAGACCUAUUCUGGAAUCCCGAGGCACAUUUUGAAACAAAGUUGGAUUUCUUUGUGAACUCUCUGAGCAGUUCCCAUAAGUGUCCUUCCCACCCGCUGACUCCUGUGGGUAUUCUGAGCCUCAUUCAGACAUGGCCUUUCAGAGAACGGAGGGAAUGUCCAUCAUCCAGGCCUUGGCAAUGACAGUGGCAGAAAUCCCUGUGUUUCUUUACACGACAUUUGGGCAGUCUGUCUUCUCUCAGCUGAGACUCUCCCCAGGCCUGAGGAAGGUGCUGUUUGCUACAGCUCUUGGGACAGUUGCCUUAGCUCUGGCCGCACACCAGCUGAAGCGGCGUCGACGUCGAAAGAGACAGAUCACCCCAGAAAAGUGUGGCAUUAAGCCUGGAGGAGUCCCUGCCCCCUCUUUACCAACCAAGAAGGUCCCUUUGGUGAGAAAAGGAUACUCCAGCAGGAGAGUACAAAGUCCUAGCAGCAAGAGCAAUGACACACUCAGCGGGAUUUCUUCCAUUGAGCCAAGCAAGCAUUCCUGCUCCUCCCACAGUCUAGCCUCGAUAGUGGCUGUGAACCCUUCCAGCCCAACACCAGCAUCUGCAGGGCCCUGGGAGACGAGAGCGAUGGAAGAUCCUGGAGCAGCUGGCGAUUCUAGUGCUGAAAACCUCUAUAUUCAAGGGAUGGAGCUAUUUGAGGAGGCACUGCAGAAGUGGGAGCAGGCAUUGACCGUAAGGCAGAGAAACAACACUAGCACUCCAGUUUCUUGGGACAACACAAAACAUGAAGAAACUAUAUCUGAGGAGUUGCCUGAGGAGUCCCAGAAAAAGGAGUUUGCAGAGAAGCUUGAAUCUCUCUUGCACCGGGCAUAUCACCUUCAGGAAGAAUUUGGGUCAACGCUCCCUUCGGACAGCAUGCUGCUAGACCUGGAGAGAACUCUCAUGCUUCCCCUGACAGAUGGGUCACUGAGACUUCGGACCGAUGAUGAAGACAGUUUGACUUCUGAGGACUCCUUCUUUUCCGCUGCAGAGCUCAUCGACUCCCUCCAGAUUGGGAAAAUACCUUUUCAGCUUUCCAAGCCAGCAGCUGCAUACGAAGAAGCUCUACAGUUGGUGAAAGAAGGGAGCGUUUCAUGCAGAACACUAAGGACAGAGCUUCUAGGCUGCUACCAUGAUCAGGAUUUCCUGGCAAAGCUCCACUGUGUCAGGCAGGCCUUCCAGGCCCUUCUGCAGGAUGAGAGCAACCAGUUGUUUUUUGGAGAGGUUGGAAAGCAGAUGGUGACAGGACUAAUGACAAAGGCUGAGAAGAACCCCAAAGGUUUUCUGGAAAGCUAUGAGGAGAUGCUACAUUACGCACUGAAGCAAGACACCUGGCCAACCACUCAGCGGGAGCUGCAAGGACGAGGGGUGGUGUGCAUGAAUUUCUUUGAUAUUGUGCUGGACUUCAUUCUCAUGGAUGCUUUUGAGGACCUAGAGAAUCCUCCCUCCUCUGUCCUAGCUGUCCUGCGCAACCGCUGGCUCUCAGACAGCUUCAAGGAGACGGCCCUAGCAACUGCCUGCUGGUCAGUUCUGAAAGCAAAGAGGAGGCUUCUAAUGGUACCAGAUGGCUUUAUCUCUCAUUUCUACUCCGUAUCGGAGCACGUCAGUCCUGUUCUAGCCUUUGGUUUUCUGGGGCCCAAACAGCAGCUGUCUGAGGUCUGUGGUUUCUUCAGGCACCAGAUAGUGCAAUAUUUGAAGGACAUGUUUGACCUGGACAAUGUGAGAUACACAACAGUGCAGUUGCUGGCAGAAGACAUUCUGCAGCUGUCACGGCGGCGCAGUGAGAUCCUCCUGGGAUAUUUGAGUAGUGAGACGACCCCAGAGAUGAAUGGGACACUGUCCAGUGAAAAUGGACCCCUAGAGGAGCUCAACUAAUAUUCAAUUAGGAGAGAAAAUCCAUUUUCUUAAAAGACCUUUUUCUAAGAGGUAGCUACACCACCUGUUGUGGUAAUCAGUGGCAACAAAACUAAUUCAUCCCCUGGCAUCACUGGACCUGCCCAGAAUUACUACUUUUUAUAGCCGGUAAUGUUGGCUGGAAUAGCUCCAGGACCACUCAGAGGCUUAUGAUUUGAACUUCCUCUUGUCUAUACCACCUCUUCUAUUUUUAAAAGAAAUCUUUUAGUUGUGACAAACUGCCUGGGCCCAAGAUCCUACCCUCCUGCAUUGCAAGGGACAGCAGACAAGCUGAACUGUGUUCUUUGAGAGCAGAUCCCUGAUACUUGCAGGGAGUGGGUGGGUAGAUAAAAUGGUGACAGAUUCUCGCCUUGGCUCUUACCUCCUCUUUGAUUGAGAAGGUAUUUUUACAAGUGACUUCUCUGCCAUGUCUCUCUGGACAUUACUGCUGAUUUUAACUUACACAUUUUAUGGUAUACAAUGCUACUUUCAGAUAUGAUGGAGAGGAAGAGAAAUAAUUGUUUCCUGUGGGGAGGAAAAAUGCUUCUGUAAAGCACUGAAGACUAAAGAAUGGAAGUAAAACCGAGAUUUUUUUUAAUGACAGACACUGGAAGGGAGUUUGUCCUUCAUCUCUGUGUUGCUUUUGUAAACUAGACCCUUUCACUGGGGUUCUCGUUGAGAUACCAUUGCAGCCUAUAAUAUUCAGACUGAGAAUGGUGGUUGUAGGAAGGGGUUGGACUUGUAUCCUGAUUAUGCAUGCAUAAAUACUUCCUCCAAUAUACAUCAGAGUGCCUUGCUGUAUUUCAGAAUUAGCCAAUAAUAAUCAGUCUCUCUCACUUGAGGAGUAUCACAGGGUCUGAAAUACACAAGUGGAGGAAGGAUGUGUAAGAUGGCACCUACUGCUGUUACUUGUAAAUGAGCAGAGUGGGAGUUUAGCUAUGAAAUGCAGACGGUAUUACAUGAUGCAGUUAUUUAAAGAGCUGGGAUUGUGGGUGAAGCUGCUGGAGGGAAGCUCUUAAAUUUCUAGUUUCACCACAUUAAACAAUGUAGUGUUUUUUUACAGUUCUCUAUGGAAUGUAUAUACACACACAUGUUUUAAAGACAGACAUUCAGAAGUGCUUUCCUGCUGGAGUGAAAUUGUUGACCAUUAACUGUCAGAAGCCUUAUGAUUGAGGUUAAAAUGUGGCUCCUGCUGGUGAUGCAGGGGGUUGAAUGUUAGUAUAGCAGCAUUCAGGUAACUUGGAUUUGAGACUCCCACGGUUCUUGCUGAGAAGGGUUGCAGAUGAUGUUCUCAAUAUGCUGCCACCUCCUAAUAUAAAGCCAAAAGUGAAGUCUCAGGAGGCUACCCACAUCUCUUGGUUUGCUUAGGUUUAGUUCAAGUCAAAGAUAGUAGCCUCAAAGAGUGGAAAAGCAGCCACCAUAACAAGAGUAUUGAUGCAAAUAAGGUUCAGCUUUUACGAUCUGCUUUUCCAGUUCUGCUCCAGGGAAAGGUUAGGGUUAGGGUUAAGCUCCUUUUAGUUUAGGAGCUUCAUGAGCCUUGUCUGGCUGUGUUUUGCAAAUUAUGGGAAUACAAAGAUCUUAUAGAAGUUGGAGUGAGCAAACUGAGAAAGUUGUGAAUUAUUCCAGUCCUCUCUAUUUCCUGGGCUAUAGUCAGAGGUUCUUCUACAAAGACAUCUGUGACACAGUUUCUAAUAGUAAAAGCAGACAGAAAAUAAACAGAAAAGAGUAUGAGAGAGGAUAUUAAAUGAGGAGAUACGGUGUUCCCAGACUCUUGCUAAAAGCCAAGUGUAAUACUCAUGUAGCAUUAUGAUCAUGAUACUCCACAAGUGCAAGAAAGAAAAAUGGUGUGCCCCAAAGACCUGACAAACAUAAUAUACAAAGACAAUUUGUUUAGGCAUGAGAAAAUGAGAAGCAACAAACCUUAGUGAGGCCUGGUCUGCAUCUAAAAAUUAGACUGACCUUUAGCUACAUCUCUCAGGCUGUGAAAAAUGUUGUGCCCAGUGCAACAUAGUGUGGUCAAGCUAACCCACACUAUAGAUGCAGCUAGAAUUCUUCUGUUGACCUAGCUACCAUCUCUGAGAGGAGCACUAACUGCAUCAACACAAAAACCUCUUUUUUCAGUGUAGGAAGCCAUCUACAAUACAGCAGCACAGCUGUGGACAUUAGUGAAGGCAUACCUUUGGCUUAAUGAAACAAGGGCUGUUGAUUUGAGAGAUGGCAAUUGACCCCAGGAAAGCUCUUCCAAGCAUGCUGGUAGGAGCCAAACAGUUAGAAAAGAAACACAGGAUGCUGGCAGCCUUUCAUACCCAUAUUGAUCAGAAUUAAAAUGUAGGUUGAAUUCUGAAAGCAAGUUACUUUGACCAAAAACAAUUUUUUACACCAUUUUGUGCCCUUGCAUGGCUAUUUUGGAUGAAAGAUGAACUCCAGCAGCUUUGUAGGAGUUGAAAAGAUGCUAAUGAAUGUGAAGACAGAUAGAAUAAGGAAGAAUAAUUGAAAUUCUAAAGAAUUGACGCUAUUCACUUUAGGUUUUUAGAGUUUUUGUUGUCUGUGUAUUUGCUGCUUUGAGUGUCUUUACCUGAAUGAAGAUGAGUGGAUCAGAAGCAACCCAUCCAGCACAGGGGUAAGAAUAUUAGCUCUGACUUUCAAAUUCUUACUGGAGAGACUAAAACUGGUGGGGGGGAGUGUUUUUUUAUAAAGCAUCACCCUAUACUUGUACAGUCUUUCUUAAGCUAGGAAAAGUUAAUUCCUAAUCAGUUAAGAAAAGGUGGGAGGUAGGAAAUGAUCCCUUUACUCCUCCACUCAUAAUCUGAUGUGCCGUCCUUUUGAUGAAGGCAAAGAAUUCUUCUUCAAGGGUGUGUUUGUGGCUGGUAAUGCAAUUUGAUGUAAUAGUAUUUAUUUUUGUUUCUCUUCUCUUCCCCCCCCUCCCC